AUGAAUUCAUCCAGUAUGGAUGCUCUGGCAAAAGCGUUGAAUCUAGAUGAGCUUCCCGAAAGUUCAAAUGCAGAUCCAGAUCCAUUGGGAUCUUUCGUUACCCACGCACAAAAUUAUAAAGAGUUUUUGGUCAACUCUGAAAUGCUUGAAGAAUUGGAAUCUCUAGAUUCGAGGCAAAAGGUUUUAGACGGAACACUGCGUGAUGUUAUUCCACCUUUACAGAAAUAUUUGGAUACUUUUCAUCUGAGGUUAGAGGUGUUAACUAAGGAUUUAAACUUUAUUAAGGGAAAGUCUACGGAGCUUAACCAAUUAUUGCAAGAAAACUCUAAUAAGCUGGCUAAGAUCAGUCCACUGGUGAAUGAUUUAGUCAUUUCUCCUGAGAUUGUCAAGCAAGUGAUUAAUGGAAAGCUAGACUCGUCAUUUAUCGAGUGCAUCUCUUACUUGAAUGACAAGCAAGCUAUUUAUGAUCAGUAUAAAGGGAAGGAAACCCCAAAGGAUUUUAUAGAAUUAUGCCGAAUACUUCAAACGUUGAAGAGCUUUGGUAUUGCAAGAAGCAAAAAGUUCAUUGUGAUGCGUAUUAAAAGGUUGAGAAGCACAGAACCCGUUCCAUCGCAGCAAAUUCAAAAAGAAUUGCUCGAUGUCCGAGAAAUAUUUCAAUUUAUAUCCCAAAAUAAUCUCUCAUUGGCUCUAGAAUUAAGACAAGCAUAUACUUACACCAUAAGGUGGUAUUAUAGAGAGUUUUUUGCACGGUAUAUUCGCUCGAUCACCAUUCUGCAGUUUGUAAAUGUUACGGACCAUUAUGCUUUGGGACAGGGGCUUUCUAAUACCAGUUUAAGUUCGUCUGGGACAUACCUACUUGGUCGCUCGUUGUUUCCUGGCUUAAAUACUUCGUUUAAUAUGGAUGAUGCCGUAAACCAAUAUUUCCAGGUCGAUAGGAGGAUAUCAAUUUUGCGGCAGGAGGAUAAAACUGUAAUGGUUUCUCAAAUAGCAGAGAACAAUCACAUGCAAAACUACUUGGAAAUCGGGUUCAAGAACCUAAACCUUGCAAUCUUGGAUAACUGCACAGCAGAAUUUACGUUUUUGAAUGAGUUCUUUAAAUUGGAAGGUAAAAAUUGUCAGGAACUUCGUGGUCUUCUAGAACAAAUAUUUAAGCCUACCUUUGAAAAGGCAAUGCAUUACACUGAACAAUUGAUCGGAUCCACAUAUGAUCUCUUCGGUAUUUUAAUUUGCAUUUGUCUUACACAUCACCUUCAAUACGAGGCUCAAAAGAGGAAAAUACCGGUCAUAGAUGACUAUUUAAAUGGUCAAUUGAUUUUACUCUGGCCAAAAUUCCAGCGACUAGUAGAUUUUCAAUGUGAUAAUCUGCGCCAGGUUAAAAUUACGGUCACCACUGCACAAUUUGCAGGUGCGGAUAAAGACCCAUUGGUGACCCCUCAUGAAUUAACUGUUCAAUUUUCGAAAUUUCUCACUAGCGUUUUGAUAUUAUCAACAUCAUACCACCAACUAAUUGAUGAAAAAUCAGAACCCCUUUAUAACUCAAUUACUCGUAUUCGUAAUGAAUUUGAGGUUAUAUUGCAAAAAUGCAGUAAGAAGACCAGGCAACCGGAAAAGUUUUUGGUCCUUAACUACAUGUAUUUGCUCAAUGCUUUACAGCAAAAAGCAGGAGUUAUGAAUCAAGAAGGUACACAACCAUUAAUUUUAAUUGAUACUAGGAAUCGAUUAAACCAUUUAGUAGAACUAAAUAGCCAAAAUUAA